AUGAAUCGGGUCAAUAGGAAGUCAACGAUGCCCACGACCCGGCCCGUCACCGGAGAUGAAUCGAGUCAUCAUCCAUUGGUCCGAAGUUUGACUGGCGACGAUGGAAUCGCGAAAGUCGCGAAAGUCGCGAGAGUCUUGGUCGUUCUCGUCAGGGGGAACGAAGGACCGAAAGACUCUUGUCGCCCACCUUCUUUUCGUCAUUCUCACGCUCCCGGGCUCCCGGGCUGCCCCAACGUUGCUACGCCCCUCCCGUGCCGAUGCCAUCCCAUGCCUUCGUGCGGGGCCGUCGUGCUCAUCUCUAUAAGAUUCGACGAGAGCUCUGAGGCUCGGCAUGCCGUCAGUCAGUCAGACAGUCGGUAG